AUGAACUCCCAACAGCAUCCUUAUGCAGCAGCUCAAGUGGCCGAGAAGGUAAUGCGGAGAGUGGAAAUUGCAAAGGUUGCUCGAAAUCUUCAAGACUGUCUGGCCUUUGCCAGCUUCAAAGCCCAGAACGGCUGGCAAGAUCGAACACUCUCGUCCAUCGAGCCCGAGUUCACAGAGAAGCUGAAGAGAAAGAGACCGUUUCUUGAGGAAGACCUUGCCGUCGACACCUCAUCCGACGAAGAGUUCGUCCCCACAUCGUCCAUUGCAAACAAUCGGUUCUCCAAGCCCUCGAAUCCGACCUUCAAAGUGCCUGAACCUCCCUUUGGUUCGAGAAAGAGAGUUCGUUCCAACUCCACCACUGGGCUCGACAGACAAUCAUCUGCAUCGACAUGGAAGCAAGAUCAUGGCUUGCCACAGUCUUCUCCUGCCUUGAACCGAACGCAGUCUUUCCAUGAGCAUACUCUACUUCAUCCAGAGUCUGCUAGCAUGCAUAAUACAACUGAUGACUCUCCUAUGUUUGACGCUCAAUCUGACGACGAUGACCAUGACAUGCCAGCCUUCGGCCACGAACCCUCAAGCAGUAUCCUGUCCUCAUCCCCGCCUCGCACUCCCCCGUCAACUAAGCGUCUCCUCAAUCCCAACACGAAAAGCUCUGGAGCUGAUCUUCUGCUGUAUUUGGCAAAUUCACCAUCCCGCUCACCUGCUGCUCAUUUCCACCGACCCUCUGAUCACUCAAAAGAACCACCCUCCACGCCGCCUUCACAGCACUCGCAUCUUCCAUCUUCAGUCAUGACAACUCCAGGUACAAACCUUGGGUUGUUCAAUGGCGCCCUGCAAACGCCAGGUCAAAAUUUCAACCUUGCUGACUUCUGCAACGUCACUCCAUCACCCGCACCGACCCAAUGGCGCACUCCCAACAUUACGCAGACACCCAGCCGCUUUUCCAAGAGAGGCUUGAAUUUUGAUUCUCUGCAACCCCCAUCUGGUAGUCCAAAUGUGCAACGAAAGACACAAAGCAGCAAAGGACUGGCACUCCAACUUGGUGAUGAACUCAUUCCAAGAUCAUGA